UAAGGUCCCCAUCAGUGGGAGUAUGCAAGCCCAGAAUGGAUGAGUAAAAUGAGUAUGAUAUGGUACCGGAUUUUUGUUUUGGUAAUGGUGGGACUAAAAGGGUUUUAAGAUUCUUUUAAACUCUUGACAUUCUGUGUUUCUAUGAUUUUGUGACCUUCCCUCCCUACCCUCGAAGCGCUCAUAACCAAACCGGAGUGAAAGCCUUUUCUCAUCCCCAAGUAUCAAAUACGUCUGUCUCUCAGGUUUUGGCCUGUUAAUAACCGAAGAAGCUAAACAACACGAUAAGUCACCAGAGGGCGCCAAGUCCUUACGUACGAAGACGGGUGCUUGUAAGUUAUGAACCUUGAUGGUAAAGGCAGUGCCCGCGUGGACUGCAUCCCGGGCAAAGCACAUCACUAGGCGAAGAUGAACUGAGCACUAUUCGACCAGGUCCUGCAAAGCCUUCAGCCUGCACUACUCAGCUUGGGAACCUUACUUCGUAAAGGAAGCCUGGAGUGCUGCGAAAAGCAUCCUGGCCCCCGGACAAGAAUGGUGAUGCAGAAGGAAGGUGAAAAGUCCUGAUUCUUGGGUUAGAGUCUGGGUCAGCCUGAAGCUCAACUUGUGGGGUCUCAGAUGUGACUUACCUCCGGGGGGAGAAGAGUUCCUUGGGUCAGAGUCUACCUGCUGGGCUCCUACCAACCUUCAAGGGAACCACCCACCCAGGAGCUGAGAGAGGUCAGCCUCGGACCAGAAUCUCAGAGAGACUUGACAACCGAAAACAGCCAAGGGCUAAGGAAACUGAAGUUAGCCAGCAAAGAACUCCGGGGUUCUCCCAGUCCAGGACCAGAACAUCAGACAUCUGUUCAGGAGAUCAUAUGGAGGAUGCUAAAUACCAAACUAAAAAGCAUUUCUUGAUGUGGAUGUUAGGAAGUUACAUUAGAAAUCAAAUGCCAUUUAAAUGUGACAGGUUUCAGUGAGAUUGAUGAGCCAGAGGAAUGGACACUAGAUUCCUAGAUUUACUUCUGUCCAUAAGAUAUUCACCUAACAAGCUCUCCUGUGUAGUGGGUAGCUCUCUGUGGAAGAGCCACAGGGAGGGAUACCCAAGGGGCCAGUCAAAUUGUGAAAAGGCUCACACUGGAACUGGAAACUGGAAAUCACCAGCAAAUUCUAAGAUGCCAAGGUAACUUUAUUAGCACUCUUGGGGGACCUGGGUUCAAUUCCUAAUUCCAUGAUUUAUUAUCUGUGAACUUUGGACAAGUUACAUCUGGACCUGAGUUUCCUUAUUUUUAAAAUUAAGGGAUUGCAAUAAAUGAUCUUGAUGGUUCUUUUCAACUUAUUCGAGUUGGGUUGUAAAUUAUAAAUACCUAUCCAAGAAUUUGCUGCCAAUUGUUAUUGGAAUAUAGGCAUCCACGUAAUGUCAGUGUGAAGAAAUUGCAACAGAAGUUCUGGAUCAGCUUGGUGAGUAAUUUACAAAUGACUGAUGGAUGGAUGAGUAACCCUUGCAAGGGGAAGGAACUGAGAACACAUUGAAACAGACAAUAGAUUUUCCCCUUAAAGAGACAUAAUGCCCUUGAAUGAUACAACUAUGGACAGAGGAGGGCUGGUAGUAGAAAGAGACUUCUCCUUCCGUAUCCUUACUGCUUGCUUUCUCUCAUUGUUGAUCUUGUCUACACUGUUGGGAAACACAUUGGUAUGUGCAGCUGUCAUCAGGUUCCGCCACCUAAGGUCCAAGGUGACCAAUUUCUUUGUCAUCUCCUUAGCUGUUUCUGACCUCUUAGUAGCUGUCUUGGUCAUGCCUUGGAAAGCUGUUGCAGAGAUUGCAGGUUUCUGGCCCUUUGGUUCCUUUUGUAAUAUCUGGGUGGCAUUUGAUAUUAUGUGUUCCACAGCCUCUAUUCUAAACCUCUGUGUCAUCAGUGUUGAUAGAUAUUGGGCUAUCUCCAGUCCCUUUCGCUAUGAGAGAAAGAUGACCCCCAAGGCAGCCUUCAUCUUGAUCAGUGUUGCUUGGACUUUGUCUGUUUUAAUUUCCUUCAUUCCAGUGCAGCUGAAUUGGCACAAGGCCAGACCCAUGAGCUCACCAGAUGGGAAUGUUAGUUCUUCCCAAGGUGAGGCAAUGGACAACUGUGAUUCUAGCCUUAGCAGGACAUAUGCCAUCUCUUCUUCGCUCAUUAGUUUUUACAUUCCAGUGGCCAUCAUGAUAGUCACAUACACAAGGAUCUACAGGAUUGCACAGAAGCAAAUACGACGAAUCUCAGCUUUGGAGAGAGCAGCUGUGCAUGCCAAGAACUGUCAGAACACCACAGGAAAUGGGAAUAAUAUGGAGUGUUCCCAGCCAGAAAGUUCCUUCAAGAUGUCCUUCAAGAGAGAAACCAAAGUUUUAAAGACUCUGUCAGUGAUCAUGGGAGUGUUUGUAUGCUGCUGGCUACCUUUUUUCAUAUUGAACUGCAUGGUCCCCUUUUGUGAGUCUGAUCUGCCUUCUGGGGAAACAAAGCCCUUCUGUAUUGAUUCUAUUACUUUUGAUGUUUUUGUGUGGUUUGGAUGGGCAAAUUCCUCACUGAACCCCAUCAUUUAUGCCUUCAAUGCUGACUUCCGCAAGGCAUUUUCGACUCUCCUAGGAUGCUACAGGCUUUGUCCCACUGCUAACAAUGCGAUAGAGACAGUUAGCAUCAACAAUAAUGGGGCUGUGUUUUCAAGCCAUCAUGAGCCCAGAGGGUCCAUUUCCAAGGAGUGUAAUCUGGUUUACCUGAUUCCACAAUCUGUUACCUCCCCACGAGACUCAAAGAAAGAAGAAGGUGGAGGAUCAAAACCAUUGGAGAAAACCUCUCCAGCUUUAUCUGUCAUUUUGGAUUAUGAAGUUGAUGUAUCUUUGGAAAAGAUUAACUCCAUCACACAGAAUGGACAACACAAGACCUGAAUUGUAAGAUGAAUCCUGCAAAAUAUGUUUGGUAAAAGAAAAACAAAAAGCUUACAGGAUUCCCUUUAGUUUAUUAUUUUUGAGAAAUUAACUUAUGGUGUGGUUUUAUGCUCACAAAAGAAUUGAUUGCUGCUUCUACUGAGAAUACAACUUUGUUUUAUAACCCAGCCUAAUACAGUUUUGAUUUGUAAAAAUUUCUGUAUUGUUCAUACUGAAUGAAACAGAGACUGAAGUAAAGGUAUAAGGCAAGGAACACCUCAUCAGUUCUAUAAUUAUUUAUAGAAACUAGUUUCUAUUUUAGUGACUGAAAAUAGAGCAAGAAAUCAAGAAUUAACAGUGACACUUAAAAAAUAAAAAAAAUAAAAAUCACCACUCCCAGAAAGAAACAAAAGCAUUGGGUUUGCCAUGUAUAAAUAGGUGCUAAUAUGUUUCCAAUCAAGGUUUCAGAUUGUAAUAUUAGGUAAAUGCCUUUGUAAAUUAUUUCUGAAAAAAAUGAGCCUUAUAGUAAGAAUGAGUAUUUUUAAGUUUGGGAGAUGCUUUGUUAAUAUUGGUUUUAUUUAUUGUUUAAAAUGGCUAUUUUAAAAUGUUAUAACAAAUUUGUCUUUAUCUAUCUUAUUUAAAAGUAUUAUCUGAUGGGAGAUCUCUGAAACCUCAUAAUUAUAAUUUUUUUGAUCAUUUGACUGAUCAGAAUUCAUUGUCAGUUGUUAAUGAAACUGUUGGAAAAAAAAAACAUAGUUGGAGUAAACUUGUUUGUGUAUACACCUCAAAAUCACACAAAAAAAAAGCUAAAAGGGAACAAUUUUGAGCUCUGACAUUUCUUCUGAAUUCAU